CCGAUGCUGCCUUUCUCCCUGCCGGUGCGGAGGGGGACGGACGGAGCAACUCUACUCUCUCUCUGUCUCUGUAUCUCUUUCUGUGUCUGUGCAUCUACUCUGAUCAGGCAGAUAUCAACGUCUGCUGGGAUAACCGGUGCAUUUCGACUCAGCAAGGAGAAGAUAACGAUAAGUGAGAGUGAAAAGUGGAAAAAAAAAAAAAAAAAAAAUCCUGGAGCGCUUGUGCACACAUUCAGCACGGUUUUACUGCAGCUGCAAAGUGCUGUUCCGAGCCUAAAUUCGUCGAUUUGUGCAGCCGCCAGAGGCUUUGGUUAGAGCACCUGCUCUGAGGCGCAAAGCUUUCUCCUGACAUUCCUGAGGAUUGCACCAGCAACACACAUCAUCUCUCUCAUAUACGCAGGUCCAGGAUGGUGUUAAGUCAGACUGCAGCUGGGCUGCAGAUCUGUUUUGCUCUGAUGCUGCUGCUGCUCUCUUCAGGCCCUGGUACAGCCUCCUCCAUAGUUAACAUGCGUAGGAUUACCCAUCCUACAGUUCAACAAAUGCUUGCAGGCAAAGCUGUCCUCCCCUGUGUCUUCACCCUCAGGACCAGUUCCUCCGUCCAGCCUCCACACCUUCUGUGGACUCACACGAAGCCACCAGCAAGAGAGUAUGAUGCUCCACUGGAGCAGAUAGUACUUUCAGCUAAAGGUGAUGUAAUCAAGGUGAAUAAGGCUUUCAGUGGCCGUGUCACGCUGCCAGGAUACUCUGCCAGUCGUCUGAACGCUACCAUGGAGAUCUCCAGUCUCCGUACCAACGACUCAGGCUCUUACCACUGUCAGGUUGUGGUGGGCAGCGACUAUGAGAGAGACACUGUGCCCCUGCUGGUCUCCGGAGUGGUGUUUCACUACCAGGCUCCAAACGUUCGUUAUGCCCUCUCCUUCACCGAGGCCCAGCGAGCCUGCCAGGAAAACUCGGCUCAGAUGGCAUCGCCGGCCCAGCUGUGGGCGGCGUACCAUGAUGGUUUGGCCAGCUGUUCAGCUGGAUGGUUGGCUGAUCAGACUGUCCGAUAUUCGGUCCAGCUGCCGGAGCUGGGUUGCUAUGGACACAAGGAGUACUCUGCCGGAGUGAGGAAUUAUGGGAAGAGAGACCCGAAAGAAAUGUUUGAUGUGUACUGUUUUGCUGAAGAACUAGAUGGCAAAGUGUUUCACACCUCAGUUCCAGGCAGACUCUCACUAUCUUCAGCCUCAGACCGCUGUGUGUCCCUUGGGGGCCAGCUGGCCACAGUGGGGCAGCUUUAUCUGGCGUGGCGAGCCGGUCUGGACAGCUGCGCCCCGGGCUGGCUUUCUGAUGGCAGCAUCCGCUACCCCGUUGCCUGGCCUCACCCAGAAUGUGGAGGGAGUCAGCCAGGAGUCCACACCAUCAUACCCAACACCACCGCUGACAACACUACUGCAUUAUAUGAUGCCUACUGCUACAGAGGCAAAGUGGAGAAUACAGGAUCCAUCUCUGAGAUUUACACCUCCCUGUGGAAGCCCUGGAGCUAUCUCACAGGUGAUGCUGACGCUGCAGAGACAGAAAGCUCCAAUGUAACUACACAGCAAACCACCACGCUGACAGAUUCCUCUGAAAGCAGCAGAGUCUCUCCUUCCAACUGGACAGGACUGGUUGACCUUGAAGAAGAGGAGUCCUCUAACAGGAGCACUGUGGAUCCCUGGUCCUCAGAGUCAUUCGUGACCCUUCAGCUGAUCCCAGGACAGAGCUCCUUUGACUGGGGUGAGCUGCUGGAGCCUGGGCCCGACUCUGACGAGUUUCUGCAACCCCCAGUUCACCCAACUCCCACGGAAAAAAAAGUGAUCACAAAAAUUGUGAAGUCAAUUUGGAAACCUUUGAACUAUCUAAUGGGAACAGACGAUGAUGAAGGAACCAAAGCCCCAAGUGAACAUGAUGAAGAUGAGGAGAUAACAACAAAACAGACAGACAGUAAGCCUAAAGCUUCCAGUCCAGUUUCUCCAGGUCUGUUUUCCUGGGGUAGUCCUUGGUUCAGCAGUCCCCCUGUAGAGUCGACACCAUUCAGAGAAAAUUCUCCUACACAGCCGGAAUCCACUCUUACUUCCUCUGCUAACUCUCUGACAACAGAGACCUCUGUAAGCUCGGAGAUGCACACCCUCAGUCCCUCCAGCGCUUCAUCUGAAGUCACCUUCGCCAGCAAAGAAACUUGGAUCACUGUCCAAAUGGAGACCACGACCAAGCAGGCUGACAAGAGAGAGGAGACUGUGACCUCCAGAGCCAGUGGCAGGGGGGGAAGAGGAAGGGGGAAGAAACACAGAGGGGAGGAUAGGAGCAGAGGAGAAGACAAAAAGAAGGGAGAGGAGAGGGCAAAAGCAGAGGAAGAAGGGAGUGGUGAAAUUACUGGUGCAGAGGCAAAAGGUGAGAUUCAAGUCUCACAUCGACCAGCUGAAGCAAGUAAACCAAGAGAGAGAUCCAGAGAAAGAUCCCGAGAGAGGGGUCAUAGAAAAGGCCAGUCCACCACAACCACAACCAGCAAUACAACUACUACCACCACUACCACCACUCCUCUGGUGACCACAGAGAUGACCACAGUUGGGACUGAGAAUGACUCUUCUACAUCCAGAGACCAGUUCACUUUAUCGGCAGCAGAAACGUCAUCUUCAUCUAUCCCACAAGAACCAAUUCAAACUCUGUCAUCUUUUCCAUCCCCAUCCCCAACACCUUCACCAUCCAUGUCUUCUUCUCAAUCACCAGAAUCGCUGUUUGAAUCUCAAUCUUCGGACCCCUCCCCUUCCCAUGCCUCUACUUCCUAUUUCUCACCUUCAAGCACUUCCUUCUCCCCAUCCUUUUCCCACAUACCACCCCUGUCUCCCUCACCACCACAAACCCCUUCUCACCCCACUACGCAGACUGAAACCGUAGGAUUGGCUCCUUCACAUCAGACAGAUAUCAAGAAUAACUCCAAUGACUCCCUUACAUCCCUUCACUUGGUCCCAGAGGAGAAGGUGGCUGUAAACGACUCUCUGGAUUAUCCACCGUCUCUAUUGGGACCCCAGGAUGACGAGGAGUCUUCUUGGUCUCAUGCUGUGGGGUCAGGGACCCUCAUACCUAGUAUAACAGAUGAAGACAGCACCCAAGGAGGAGGAGGAGGCAACAUCAGUACCACAACAGUCAGUCCGACAGCUGAAGUGGAGCCCUGCGUGACUAAUCCUUGUCUGCAUGGAGGAAAGUGCCUUCCUCAGGGGACGGGCUACAGCUGCUACUGCCCACAAGGAUACGCUGGAGAGAACUGUGAAAUCGACGUCGACGACUGCCAGUCCGAGCCUUGUGAAAAUGGAGGAACUUGCGUCGACAAGAUUGAUUCAUUCCUCUGCCUCUGCCUGCCAAGCUAUGGAGGAGACACGUGUGAGAAAGAUGUUGAAGGUUGUGAGCAUGGCUGGAAAAAGUUUCAUGGCCACUGCUACAGGUACUUCAGCCACAGACACACCUGGGAGGAUGCAGAGAAGGACUGCAGAGAGCACAGUGCCCAUCUCAGCGGUGUCCUCUCCAUCGCUGAGCAGGAGUUCAUUAAUGGUAUGGGUCAUGACAAUGCCUGGAUCGGUUUGAAUGAUCGCACAGUGGAGGAGGACUUUCAGUGGACAGACGGCAAUGAUCUGGUUUACGAAAACUGGAGGGAAAGCCAGCCGGAUAACUUCUUUGCAGGCGGCGAGGACUGUGUGGUGACCAUUGCCCAUGAAGAUGGCAAGUGGAAUGAUGUGCCCUGCAACUACAACCUGCCCUACAUCUGCAAGAAAGGCACAGUGUUAUGUGGGACACCGCCAGCAGUGGAGAACGCUCAUUUGAUAGGUCGGCAGAGAUCACAUUAUGACAUCCAUUCGGUGGUGCGCUACCAAUGCUCAGAGGGGUUCUACCAACGCCACAUCCCGACCUCUCGCUGUCGGUCCGACGGUAGCUGGGAGCGUCCCAGGAUCAUCUGUACAAAGUCUCGGCGUUCACACCGGUACCGACGCCACCAUCACAACCAACAUCAUGAACAUCGCAGGAACAGGAGACACGGAGGAGAAGGCCACAAAGCCAGAGACGAUGCUCACAGCUACUACUGAACCAAAUAAUACAUCUGUAACGCCUAGGUGCUAACCAUGGCCCAUACAGAAAGAGUAGUUCCCAUAUUCCUGCUUCUCCCCUUGCUCUCAGCUUAGCUUUUACUACUUUUGAUAAAUAAUGUUGUCUCUAACGUCCAUCUAACCCCCACUGCCUGGUCUCUGAGUUUGGUUAUUUUGAUGAAUCUUUUAACUGGGAUGUGUACACCUCUCUAACUUCUUCACCUAAAUAACAAUAACCCUCUCCCUAUCAGUCAAAUUGACAUCAGUGUGUAACUGUGUGUGAGUGUAUGCAUGUCAGAUGGAAACUUAGAGAAAUGUCUCUUUUUUUUAUUGGAUUUCCUUUUGUUCUACAUGAAAAUAAACUCGUCCUAGUGUUCUGUUCACACAAACGGCUGCGAAGCAAGCUAGCGUGCGUUACUUUGUAACCCUGAGUUGUUUGUGUGUGUGCUGUUAGCUGUUGCAUUUUAUUCAUUAAGCUUUUUUAAUAGCUGCUCUGUUUUAUUCUUACUGACAUGCUUUUUCUAAUAUUUGCUGUUUGUGUAAUGUUACUAUUUAUUACAAACGAUCUGCUAGUGAAAACUCUUUCUUAUGUACUUACAUUUCAAGAAGUCGAUGUAACGCCAUUUUUCUAUACCAGUCAGUAACAAACCAUUUUAUUUCCUCUAAUCUCUGGUUUGUAAAUAAGUUCUGUGUUAUUAGCUGUUAUUAUCAAUUGCUGAACUUUGUCCAAAUCAAUUCCUUAAGAUUGAUUUAAUGGAUGUGUCACAUACACUUACAGUGGAUUGUGUGGGUGAGAUUAGGAAAAAAGCUUGAGAUAAACACUUGAUUGUAUCAGAUUUGCUAAACAUCUUGAAUCUUUGCACGGCUGUAUUUACCUGAUGGGUAGAAUGUCACUAUUUUUUCUCUUUGGUUCCUUUGAUAUUUGAUCAGUCAUCUACUUUUUUGGUGUUCCUAUGACUUUUUGUCUUGCUGUUGUAUUUCAUUCUUAAUAAAGUGAAUAAAAUGAAAA